GUAAUAUCGAAGAAUUUCAACCCAAUAUGCAGCAUUUUGUACGUUUGAGGAUGUUAAAGCUCGAUGGUUGUAAACAACUUAAGAGUACACCAGACUUUACUGGGGCACAAAGUCUUCAGGAAAUAUCCUUCUUUGGUUGUUUAAAUUUGGCGAAUGUGCACUCAUCAAUUGGAAGUUUGGAAAAGCUUGUUAGGUUAAAUUUGAGGAAAUGCAAGAAAUUGAAGGUGCUUCCAACUAGCAUUUGCAAGUUAAAAUCUCUUGAGGAGUUACUUUUAUGUGGUUGCAAGAAUCUGAGGGAGCUUCCAAUUGACAUUGGAAAAUUAGAGCAACUAAGACAAUUACGAGCUCAAGAGACUGGUAUCUCACAUUUACCCUUUUCUUUGGGAUGUUUGAGAAACCUAGAGUACCUGCGGCUGGGAAAUCUUGUGGGUUCAGUAGCUGUUGAUUUUUUACCAUCUUCAGCUGCGAAUUUAUGCUCAUUGGACAGUCUGACAGUGAAUUUCAACAAAUUGCAGCAAGUAGUUAUAAAUUUUCCAAUUGCUCUUUGGAGUUUGACCUCAUUGAGAAAUUUAAGUUUAGAAGGAAUUCGGCAUCUUGAAAGCCCAUUGUUGGACCUUUCUCAUCUCUCCAAUUUGAAAGGGCUCUAUCUCAAGGAUUUACAAAAUCUUAGAGCACUUUUAAAACUUCCACCUAGUUUGAUAAUUUGUCAUGUAGUAAAUUGUGAGUCAUUAGAAAAAAUAUCAGAUAUAUCAAACUUGAGAAGUCUUUACGAGUUGAAUAUUGUGGAGUGCAAAAGUUUGAUUGAGUUUUCAGGCUUAGAGAGUCUUAAAUACUUAACAUCACUUGCGAUAGGACAGCUCAAUGCUAUGCAUGAAUGCUUACAAAUCUCUCUUGAGCUUUCAAUAUUGAAGAGCCUUACAUAUGUUGAGAUAAGAAAGUGCAGUGCUUUGAGGAUUCCUUCCAUUGAAAAUUGGUUCCAGGCACAUUGUAAAGGUAAUACUGUCCCGAUUUCGCUUGAUGUCAUCGGACAAGAUUAUGUAUGUUGCAGUAUUCCAAGACUUUAUUUGAGGCAUACGUCAUCCUUGGAAAUCGUGAACAAUGUUUUUGGUUGUAAUGUUGAGUUUGAUGGAGUUGGAGUUAGUGUGAGAAGCAAAACCACUGGUGCUUGGAUCGUAAAGGAACCUCCGAAACAUAUUAAUAUUAAUGAGUUUGAAAAAAUUGAAUUUGAGGUGGGAACAAGGAUUGGAGAAGUAUUGGAGGUGUAUGCUCAUUUGUAUCUUCUGCAGAUGGAGAAGAUGCUGCUUUGUUUAUUUGAAAUACAUAGAAACGAAGAUGGAGAAGUGCGUUUCUUUCCAUCCACAAGAGACUUGGAAGAAAUUGAUGAUGGAACAACAGACAAUGUCGAUGGAUGUUUGGGUAGUUCACGUCAAAAUGAAAAUAGAUUAAUGAUAGAAGAAGGGCAGAAUGGUUGGAGCAGGAGCAGCAUUGUUUGGGAGUUUAUCCUAAAGUGUUUUUGUUGGGAUGAACAAGGAAGAUGAACAUUAUUAGUACGUACACCUACUUUGAGGAUUCCUUCAAUUCGAUCAAUUAUAUUGAAAAGCACGCAGGUUCUGAAGAAUGAAGAUGAUAGUUUACAGAUUUGCUUCAGCUGGGCUUGGGGUCCGGCCCUUUAUACUACAAUUUUCCAAUACCUUUGGGGUAUGCAUGGCAUGAACAAACAAGGCUUUCCAUCCACAAGGGGAUGGAUUCCUCCAUCCAUGUUCAUGAACCCCAUAAACACGAUCUUCAUCCCCUUAGCCGCGCACACCUAGUUCUUUGCCGUCAAAGUCGCUCGUCGCUACGCCAGGCUCUGGUGUCUAUACUUCUAUUACUCAAAUCUUAAACCCUAAUCCCUAAAUUCCUAAUUUCAUUUAUCCCUAAAUCAUAAUUUCAUUAAGCCCUAAAUUCUUAAGAUAAAGGUUAGUGAAUAGUGAAUAACACCUUCCUAUAUGUUUUUCAUAUAAAUUCUUUUAACCUUCCAACCCCAUAGGUUAAUGAAUUUCUUGCUGGUGCUGGUACUGAUGCCCAUGAUGUUGAUGAGGAAAA